AUGCGGUUACACAAUGGCUACGCGUACUUUGAGCUUGAAAUGAUGACCAGGUUAUACCAGUCGAGGGCGCCAGCCCAGGACAUCACCAGCGCCUGUUUGCCUUCACUGGAUCAUCAAACUGGGGUGACGGAGAUUGUGAUCUCUGGCGGCUGUGUUUUCCUGAUUGAUGCAUCUUGUCCGCUCGCUCAUUGCCUUGUUUGCGCCUUACGUCGACCCGGGAAACGAUACACCGCUGGAAUCGGGGGAUGGGCUCCCAUUGCAACUGGUGGCUUGUACGGGUCCAUAUCCCGACAGGGGAUGGCCCCUGCAGUUAUCCGCAAGCAUAAAGGGAUAGGGGCAGGAAACGGCGUCGACGAUCCACUCGCGUAUGAUCCGAGCAGUUUCAUAAACCGAGGCCUAAGUUACGACCCGCUACAUGUCGAGAAUUCUCCUAUUAAUGGAGUAAAAGCGAUUAACCACAUUGGUCGUAUCAGCUUAUCGACCCCUGGUGACAAUCGAACGAACCCGGGGAGUGAAAACUUUCGGUUCAAUGUCACUCUCAAGGCAGCCACAGCAAUGGUAAAAGACCCCGAUGAGAUACCCAUUACGUAUCUUAACAAAGGCCAAGCCUGCACAAUGUCGGUUCUGGAUACUGCGCCAAUGACAUCAGGCGCACAGCCUUUGAAAUAUCGCACUUUUAUCCGCGUUUCUUUUGAGAAUGAUGAACAACGCUCAAAGCCAGCCAAUUGCUGGCAGUUAUGGAAGGCGGGCCGUGGUUCCAACGAAGCCCAUCACCGGGAUAGAAAGCUUUUGGCGGUAGAACAUGUGGACCUCAACCAAGGCGGAGAUGGAGAUAUAAUACCAUCUCAAAUUCAUCUGGAAACUUCUAAUUUCGACGGUUUCUCUGUUAUUUGGUCCCCGAACCCUGUCAAUGGAAACCCAUGCUGCUCGAUAUCAGUUCGUUUCAAUUUCCUCUCCACCGACUUUAGCUAUUCCAAAGGCGUCAAGGGAAUUCCUGUUCGCCUAUGCGCCAAAACAGAGGUUAUAUCUACCGGCCAUGGAGAUCCACCCCUUGAAGACCGGCCCGAAGUAUGCUAUUGCAAGGUCAAGUUGUUUCGACAUCAUGGUGCCGAGCGAAAGCUUUCCAACGAUGUUGCACAUGUCAAGAAGCUUAUUGACAAGCUGAAACAGCAAAUCAGCCAAGCUGAACUCGGGUCUGGCUUCGACAGGAGAAAAAGAAGCGGCUCGUUUGUCAAAGGAAAGAUCACAAAGCAUAAAAGAGCGAGGUCUGGUGAAUUGAGCAAUGAUUCAGGGAAAUCGACUCUAGAAGAGGACCCUCAAAACAAGCUGCGCACAUUUAAGGACAUGUUUUCAUCUACUCGCCCUUUCAGUGCUCUCAAUUUGAAGGGCGAUGCCCUUGAUGACCCAGAUCUCUUCCCAGUCCACCUGGGAAUUACCGACGAGGGAUUCUCGCACACGAUUGGGUGGGAGUCCCGAAAUACUGCGGACGCAUCCUCAAUAGCAUCUCAGCAUGUCUUAUCACCCGCAACUAGCAACCGUUCACUCAGCUCCUCUCAUACUUCCUUUGACCGUCACGACUCGAUGGAUUGGUCCAACAUUUUCCAACAGGAUUCCGAUAGCCUACAGCAUAUUAGGAACGGAAGCGGCGUCGACGCCUUCCAUCAUCCACCCGCAUAUGUUCCGAGCAGUUUCGUAAACCGAGACCCAAGAUAUGACCCACUACAUGUCGAGAAUUCUCCUAUUAAUGGAGUAAAUGCGAAUAACCACAUUGGUUUGCUCCCUCACGGUAUCAGCUUAUCAACCCCUGUUGACAAUCGAACGAACCCGGGGAGUGAAAACUUUCGGUUCAAUGUCACUCUCACUAGUGCCUUCAGCGCCAGCGCCCAUCCCAAUGAAGAUUGGACAAAGAUAUCGGACUUGGCUGGACGACGGCGCAUACAAAAUCGAAUUGCUCAACGGAAGUACCGCAAAAAGCUAGAGCAACAACAUGUUGAGCGUUUCAUAAAUUCGCUCGGGCUUACGAGUGGAAAAGGCGGGAAUGAAUGA